UCUGAUCAACGUCAGCCUGCAAUGCAACCACAGUUAAACGCAUUUACACGACAGACGAGCAGCUGUGACACCAGCAAAAACUGUGAUCACCGACUUCAGCCUCCAUCCGGAUCGCUCUAAAUUCCUCAUUACACGGCUUUGUCAAUGGCAGCAUACGUGAUCCCCGUCAGGUGCGAGUUACAGUGAAAGAGGUGAAGAUGGAAGGUCCCCAAGUAGUCAACACCGAUGGCAACUCCUUGCUUAAGGCUGUCUACCUAAGUCGUCUCCGUCUAACACGGCUACUCCUUGAAGGCGGCGCCUAUAUUAAUGAGAGUAAUGAAUGCGGAGAAACACCCUUGAUGGUCGCCUGCAGGAGCAGGCAUAUGGACCACCAAAGCGUCUCGAAGGCUAAAAUGGUUGGGUACCUGCUUGAAAGUGGUGCCGAUCCAAACAUCCAGGAUAAAAGUGGGAAGACGGCUCUAAUGCACGCCUGUUUGGAGCAAGCCGGUUCGGAGGUAGUGGCACUGCUCUUGGGUAGUGGGGCGGAUCCGUGUCUGGAGGACCACAACGGUUCUUCAGCUCUUAUAUACGCAAUUAAUGCCAGCGAUGAAGACACUCUUAAAAUCCUGAUGGAUGCCUGCAAAGCCAGAGGAAAAGAAAUCAUCAUCAUCACCCCUGAUAAACUUGCAUGCGGAAGGCAAACGGCAAAGCAGUACUUACCUAUUCCUCCACUUACGAUGGUGGAACAAUGGAGUUCGGGAAUCGUUCCCUGUGCUUCUCCGUCCGAUAUCCUCCUCAGUACAUCCCCACAGGGGACUCUUUCUUCUAGUCCUACAGAGCACAUGUUUUCCUUCCAGGAUCUCCAAAGCAUGACCAAUUCCCAGCCAACUUCUCCAUCUCACCAGGUUCCCCUGGUGAACAGUCGGUUGAGCAAAAUCCACAAUCUCCAAAGAUUACAUUCUGAGCCUUGGCUGAAGAUCCCACAGUCUUUCCUAGCCCAACAGUUUGUGAAAAGCAACUCCGCUACGGAGGAUCUCCCGGACAUCACACCCGAAGAGGAGAUGACUUUCAGAAUGAACAGACUGGUUUUUGAUAAUACUCCACUGUCGAGGCAUUGCAGUGUUGAUUUGAAAGAAGCCAACUCUUUGAGUCAUAGUCUAAGUCGAGGAAGCAUCAAUGAAGGUUUGAGACCGGAAGGAGCACUGUGCCGCAACAUGUCCUUUGAUAGCUUAUCAUCCCUGCACUCUUUAUCCCAUCCCAAUCUUCAUUGCAAAAGCAGUGUGGAAGCCUUACCGGCUGAGAAGUAUCCGGACAAAUCCCUGCCAAAUUUGGCAGUGUCAAGUCUCCGUAACAUCAUUCAAAGAAGGAAACUAGGAAUGGAUCACUACAGCUCUGACUCCCAACUAUCGGUGAGCCUUGCCAACUCUCCAGAAGACCGCAAAGGACAACUCGAGAAAAGAAAACUUGCUAACUCGCGUUCUCCUACUUUGGUGGGCUCUAGGGAGUCUCUUGAAAAUGCUUCGUUGACCCACUUGCACAGGAGGAAUCCCAUCAGCUAUGAGCGGCGAGGCUCCGGGGCGCUUUUGGAUCCCAUCUCCCAUCCACGAGCUGGUUUCCUCCCUCCGCUGAACCAGCAUGCACCAAUCCCAAACAUCACUGGAAGCGGCAGCAACAAAACAGUUUGCGGCAUAGCCGCAGGGACAAAGCCCUGCAUUCCCUCGGCUCCUGCAGGUUUUCCAAAGGAUCUCAAGACUAGGAAGAGGCUGAUGAGAAGACACUCCAUGCAAACCGAGCAGCUCAAGCGACAUGGUGACUUCACCGAAAUUUUUGGACACUGAAUGGUUAUAAACCAGGGGUGCCCAAACUUGGUCCUGGAGGGCCGAUGCACAGUACUGCACAGUUUGGCUCCAACUUGCUUCAACACACCUGCCAGGAAGUGUCUUGAUUAGCUAGUUCAGGUGUGUCUAACUCUGCAGGUCACCGGCCCUCCAGAACCGAUUUUGGGCACACCUGUUAUAAACAGUUUGCCCGUAACAAAGGCAUCAAUUUGACACCAAGUGAUUACUGGUCGCUGAAAAUGAACAAAUUACAUCUAUACCAGAGGUGGCGAAUGUCAGUCUUGGAGAGCCACAGCCCUGCAGAGUUUUGUUUCAACCCUAAUCAAACACCCCUGAUCAAGCUAAUCAAGGUCUGAAGGGUUACUAGGAAGCUACAGGCAGGUGAGUUUUAAUUAGAGGUUGAGCUGAACAGUGGUUCGCCACCACUGAUCUAUUCUAUUCAAUCUAAUCUAAUCGAAAACAAGCAAUUUUAACCAUGCAUCCUUAAAGGAUUGGUUCACUUACAGAAUACAAAAUUCCUGGUAAUUUACUCACCCCCAUGUCAUCCAAGAUGUUCAUAUAUCAAAUAUUCUGUGUUAGUUCAGGCAGGCAUCGUAGUCAAGCCCAGCCCCUAAGAGCUGAUCAAACUCCUAAGCACUCAAUUGGCAAAUCUCAAACAGGGCGCCUUACUUUAACGCAGCUACUGUCUGCUUGCUUCGCUGCUUUG